CGAGGGGCGCCUCUGGGAGUUGUGGUCCCGCCGCCCGGAAGCCGCCGCCCGCCACGUCCCGGGUUGGCGGAGAGCGGGCGCGCGCCGGGACUACAAGUCCCACCCCGCCCCGCGCACCGGGGCGGCAAUGGCGGUGGCGGUGUUUGCGCCUGCGCGCGGCGCCCUCCGUGCGGACCGCGCAGAGUGAAUAAUAAAGGUCUGCUCGGCGGCGGCGGAAGGCCGGAGGCAUGUCCAAGGGCCCGGUGGCGAGCGGCCCCGCCGCGGCCGGCCCGGCGAGCGCCGCUAGCGCGCUGCAGGCGCAGCCCGAGAAGCCGCAGCACUACACUUACCUGAAGGAAUUCCGCACGGAGCAGUGCCCUCUUUUUGUGCAGCACAAGUGCACUCAGCACCGGCCCUACACUUGCUUCCACUGGCACUUUGUCAACCAGCGUCGUCGCAGAUCUAUCCGCCGCCGGGAUGGUACAUUUAACUACAGCCCUGACAUUUACUGUACCAAGUAUGAUGAGACCACAGGAAUCUGCCCAGAAGGAGAUGAGUGUCCCUUCUUGCAUAGGACUACUGGAGACACGGAGAGGAGGUAUCACUUGCGCUACUACAAAACUGGAAUCUGCAUUCAUGAGACAGACUCCAAGGGAAACUGCACGAAGAACGGAGUCCACUGUGCGUUUGCUCAUGGGCCCCAUGACUUACGCUCUCCGGUGUAUGACAUCAGGGAGCUUCAGGCGAUGGAAGCUUUGCAGAAUGGUCAGACCACAUCUGAAGGCAGCAUAGAGGGUCAAUCUGCAGUUGCUGCUAGCCAUGCUAUGAUAGAGAAGAUACUUAGUGAGGAACCAAGAUGGCAAGAUACAACGUAUGUCUUGGGAAAUUACAAGACAGAGCAAUGUAAGAAACCCCCCCGACUCUGUCGCCAGGGUUAUGCCUGUCCUUACUACCACAAUAGCAAAGACAGAAGAAGAAGCCCAAGAAAACACAAAUACAGGUCUUCGCCAUGUCCCAGUGUGAAACAUGGAGAUGAGUGGGGAGAUCCCAGUAAGUGUGAAAAUGGAGACUCAUGCCAAUACUGCCACACUCGCACAGAACAGCAGUUCCAUCCAGAGAUCUACAAAUCCACCAAAUGCAAUGAUAUGCAGCAGUCUGGCAGCUGUCCCCGAGGACCCUUCUGUGCCUUUGCACAUGUAGAACAGCCUGCACUCAGUGAAGAUUUACAGCAAUCCUCAGCUGUGUCAAGCCCAACACAGACAGGCCCUGUGAUGUACAUGCCGUCGGCAGCUGGGGAUUCUGUUCCCGUCAGCCCUUCCAGUCCACAUGCCCCAGACCUUAGCAAUGUGUGGAAUAAAUCAGGAACUCUGCCAACUAGCCCCACCUCCACCACAAUUCUUUGUAGGAACAGCAGUCUUGGAAGCCCAUCUAAUAUAUGUGGGUCUCCUCCUGGUGCCAUUGGAAAGCCACACAGCUUGGAGACCAUUGGUUUUCCUCCAGAUUCGGUAACAGCAGCUGGCAGCUACAAGAAAGCACCGGGGUUUGAGCGAGAAGAUCAGGUGGGGGCCGAGUAUUUGAAGAAUUUCAAAUGCCAGCAAGCAAAAAUGAAGUCCCACUCACUGGAACACAGGAACCAGGAGCAGCCUUUGUUACAGCCCAAGCAGGACAUACUGGGUAUUCUCCCAGUGGGGAGCCCACUGACAUCCAGCAUCUCCUCUAGUAUCACCUCCAGUCUGGCUGCAACGCCCCCAAGCCCUGCUGGCACCAGCAGCAUACCAGGCAUGAAUGCCAAUGCCCUUCCCUUCUACCCAACCAGUGACACCGUUGAGUCUGUCAUAGAGUCUGCCUUGGAUGACCUGGACCUGAAUGAAUUCGGAGUGGCUGCCCUGGAGAAGACAUUUGACAGCAGCACAGUGCCCCACACGAGUGGCAUCAUGAUAGGUGGGAGUUUGCUGCAAAGUUCUGCUCCUGUAAAUAUCCCCGGGUCACUUGGAAGCUCUGCCUCCUUCCACUCUGCCUCUCCUUCUCCACCAGUCAGCCUCUCAUCGCAUUUCCUUCAUCAGCCCCAGGGACACUUAAGCCAAUCAGAAAGCACGUUCCUGGGGACAUCAGCUUCUCACGGAUCAUUAGGUUUAAAUGGGAUGAACAGCAGCAUAUGGGAACACAUUGCUUCAGGGAGUUUUUCGCCCAGUACCUCACCUGCAUUUCUGUCAGGUCCAGGUGCUGCUGAGCUGGCACGGCUACGACAAGAACUGGAUGAAGCCAAUGGCACAAUAAAGCAGUGGGAAGAGUCUUGGAAACAAGCCAAACAGGCUUGUGAUGCUUGGAAAAAGGAGGCAGAGGAAGCAAAUGAUCGCGCCAACACAGCUAACAUGGAAUGUGAACUGGCCCGAGAGCAGAGGGAAGCCUUGGAGCUUCAAGUGAAGAAACUUCAGGAGGAGCUGGAGAGGAUCCACACAGGCCAGGACCCACAGUUUCUGUGCUCCUUUGCUGACCUGGAAACGCUUUCACUGUCUUCACUUUACACCCUUCAGAAACAGCUUCGGGCAAACCUGGAGAAAGUUGAUAAGGCGGUAUUUCAGAUGCAGUCAGUGAAAUGCCUUGAAUGUCAGAAGGAGAACCGGGUGGUGUUACCGUGCCAACAUGCAGUGCUGUGUGAGACCUGCGCUGAGGAGGGCGAGUGCCCUAUCUGCCAUCCCAACAGGCCCCACCCUCUCCAGUCGUGACCUUCCAAGGACACUUGUUCUAAUCAUAUCGUGUAGAACUUUUUAACUUUAUACAUACGUACAUAUAUAUGUAUGUGUAUAUAUAUAUAUGUAUAUAUGUGUGUGUAAGUGCGUGUUUGUGAAUGUGUAUGUAUAUGCACGCACACGCACAUACACACACAAAACAAAAAUUAGUUGCAGAGCACUUUUUAAUAUUUUACAUCCUGUAUCUAAACUGCCCCUCACCUGUGCCCCAUUAAUUCUAACUCUUGAGGAACUUUGAGAGCUGUUUUUAAUACAGAUCAAAGGGCCAUUUGCAAAGAGUCUCUGUUUCUCCUCUUUUCUAUUUAGGUGAUAACAAAUUUUUGACUAUUCCCAGAAGUAUUUAGAGUGGGCAAGAGGGGCUUCCAUGUGCUUUCCAGAGGAAGAGUUACAAUCACAGGGAGGAUCAAGGUGUAUUGAAGUUACUAGUUCAUGUCCUUGGUCUCCCUGCUUUUUCACUGACCCAGCUUGGUUAAAGCUGUCCUCCCUGAUGGAAGCUCCGCUGGGUGCCUGCCUGGUGGGCCUUCCAGUGCUGAGCUCUGAAUGUGCAGGAACUUUGUCAUUUAAUCAGCAAAGUUCGCUUUUUAAAUUUUUUUACACUCUUUGUAUAUUUUUAUGAAAAGAAGAAAAGAGGGAAAGAAAAUGUUUUGGAUCUAGCACAAGUCAAGCCCCCAGAUUCAGUGGCUAGUGUUCAUUGCUGAUGCAGCAGACAUGUUUCAAGUCUGAGCAGCCUUAGAAUUAUUGCAUUUGUGUCAGCUAAAAGCCUUUAUGAAAGAAAUACCAAUGCAGAGGUUGGUUCUCUCCAGGCCCCCCUUUGUCUGGUAGUUCUCUGGAGACUUUUUACUGUUUCAGAUCAGAUGAGUUUUGUUUUAGCGACAGGGACCUGGUUCACAGUCAGUGCUGAAAUGCAUGAAACAAUUCCAGGCUUUUUGAUGUUGAUAACAUUGAAGAGUCAAUGUUGCCUGAGUCAGCACCUCCAGGAUGGUUUGGUGGAGCCCUGGGUCCAGAAGCCCUCAUGCUACAAAUCAUGUGUACCUGUGGUGACAGAGAAAGUCCAGUGUGACAAAGAAAUGCCAUCAACUUAGACCUGUCCAGUAGCUGAGCUGUGACUUCCUUCACCCAUGUGUCUGCUGGUUUUUUACAUCGGGUGGAUUGCAGUAACCUGCUGGGAUCUCAACCAAAAGGCCACUCAGUUGAUGAAACAUUUUUAUUUUGCACAGGGAUGCUGCCUGUGCUGCCCCUCUCUGGCCUGGAAAAGCACUGGAACCUCCAGCAGCCCACUGUUGUAGGAAAACAGAAUUUUUACUGGAGCCUCUCAGAAAACUUCAUAUUUAAUGCAAAGACAUAAUUAGGUUUGCUUCCGUAAUUCCACCUUUCCUUCACAUGGAAAGGGUUCAUAUGCAUUCCCAGAUGAUCUCUAAGUGCAGCUCUGUGUAGUUCUUUUUAUGUUUUUCCCAUUAACUUGUUUCUGGGUUUUUUGGCAAAAAUGCCUUUUUUUUUUUUUCUUUCUUUCCAUGUGUAUUUUAUUGUAACUAGCAUCAGGUUUUUUUUAAUUAUUUUUUUUUUAUGGAGAGACACUGUUGAGUGACUAUUGUGGCUAUGUUGUUUGGUUAUAACCUUUGAAUGUCUGUGCCAUGGGGCAGUGCAUCUGCCUUGGUCUGAUCUUGAGAGACCUUUAAGGAAAAUAUGUGAGUGUUUCUUAGGAAAAAAAUAAAAGGGGGGGCCUGGAAGAAGGGGGGAGAGGAGGAAAAAGCCCAGUUAAGGUAAAAAUUUACUAUAAUUUUUGUAACUAACUUAAAUCAUAGGAAAUAAAGUCUUGAAUCGGGUCUUUAAUAUUUAUAAAGAACCAGAACAACUCAGCCUCUUGGCUGUUGGUUUGUAACACUUUGUAUUAGCAUGGUGGGUUUUCUGCUCUGCUGCCUCCCUGUGGGACUCUUCAGGGUAAUGCUGCUUUUGGCUACCCCUCUUCUUCUGGCUUAAGACAACACUACCCUUGGUAGAACUGUCCGGCACCCACCUGCAUGACUGCAUCUGACUUGCACUGGGCCUUUUCCCUUUGUCCCUUCUUUUCGGAUAAAACUUUCAGAUGUCUCAGUGGGACUCCAAGUCCUGGUGUGAUGCAGGCUACUGUGUCUAGGGGGAAAAGAGGUAUUUUCCCCCCAUUUCCAUAGGUCAUAUUGCUUAGGCAGGGGAGUACAAGAUAAAAUUCAGGCCAGAGAAAUCAUGUUUUUCCCAUUUGAGUAAAAGCGUUUCUCUGUUUUAAACUUAUACUGAAGGACCAAAGAAUUCAAAACUAAACUUUCCAUCACUGCACUGCACUUGUGGCUGAAAAGCCUGAAGGAAUUAGCACCAGCCUCUUCCCAUGCUCCCAACCCCUUGUAUCUCAGCACUCUCUUUGCACAAGCACAUACGCUGUUUCUCACUUUCCUUUGGUUCUUCAAGAAACACAUCCUAAAUUGAGGUUUCUAUCAAUUUCUCUGCUGCUUUUAAAAAAAAUAUAAAUCUGAAAUGUGAAUUAUUUUCUUAAGCAUCAGAUGGAAAAGAGAACUUUCAUCUUUGCAUAUUUCGUGGAUAUCUUAGAGGGCCAUUUCCAUGACAGUUUUAUAACAAGGGAGGGGAGAGCAAGGGGCAGGGGCAGGGGCAGCACUGCUGACCCACUCCAGCAGUGGUUCCUGCCUGCCCUGGGCAGGAGGGAUGGGCCAAAAUCACAGCACUGCUUUUAAGAGUCUGUGGUCAGCUUCUCUGUGGUGAUGUGCCCGCGUAAGGUACUGUCAAGCUUCCUUUUGAAGCAGGAGCUUCCUUUUACAGGACACAGAAUUAAGAGGGCCUUUCUGGCCAUGCUUAACAACAAAGUUUUGGUCCACAAAGCUUUUGCUGAGCAACCCAGCUGGCUAUUGGUGAGCAGCCAUGACUAUGUCUGGGCCCUGCUUCUUCACACAGACUCCUUAUGGAUAAUGGGAUUUUCCUCCCCACAUUUGUGGGAGCUUCAGAAGUGUUGACCUCGGUGACUAAUUGUGCAGGUUGGAUGCACAGUUAGUCCAACUUAAGAGCUGGGGGAAGAGAUUCUUAAUUGUGUUGUGAAACCACAGUAUCUUAAAGGUCAAACUUGUACAUUAUUAUGAAAAAAGAAUAUAGAAGCAGGUGGCUUAAGCCAACACUACCCUGGGUAGAUGGACAUCAAAAAGCAAGGGCAAUAGCCAGGAGCUGAAGAAUUUUGUCAGUGCUUUGGACUAACAGGACCACUUUUAGGUCACCUCUGACCUUAGGUGCUGUAGCCAUCUGCCAGCUGUGGCCAGGGCACAGUGGCACAGGAGGGACCAGGGGAAGGUCUUGGAGCUGGAGCAUAUUUUCCCCCGAAGGGGGUUGCUGUAGCCAGUCCCCUGCUGUAGGGUUUUACACUUUCUGUACAUCUCUGAAGCUGAACUUGAGCCAUCUGCAAGGCUUGUGCAGCUGAGACAGUGAAGAGAAGCCUUUACCCUGUGAGGAGGUGUGUAGUGCUGGACAGGCUCAGUAAUUCAUGGCUCUUCCACCAGCCUCCUCUCUUUUUCCUCAUCUGAGAAGGAAGAAUAUUACCAGUGUUUUCCUCCAGAAUUAGAAUAACCCUUGGAGUGAUGGCCAACAGAAUAGAUGUUACUGAUGUAAAACCUGAUAUUUUAAAGGUGAAGUAUUCCUGCAAACUAGUGACUGCAUCAGAGAGAUUUCUGGGGCUUCCCCACUCCAUAGCUUCCAAUGUUAAAACAAAAUAAAUACAGUAUACGUUUAAAAAUAAUAAUAAUAAUACACACUGCAGUAUUUCUGGUGGCAAUUCUUGACCAGGCUCCUCCCCAGGAGGAAGGGCACUGGGCAGAAGCGCCCCUAGUCUGUGUAGAAGUUGGCAGAAUGGUGAUCGGUGCUGUGUAAAACGUGUUGUUGAUUCCAUGUAUAGAACUGUGAUUUCAGCUGUUGUUCUCUCGUACUCUGUAAAUACGUGUUUUGGCUGUCGGAUACCCGGUUUAGACUCUUUUUCUUGGCAGAGUGAAUUUGCAUGUGGGGCUGGAAAGAACUUGAUCUGUGUCACAGUUUCCAAGGGCAGAAUGGGUUUUGGUUUGUUUGUUUUUUCUGUUGGUUUUUUUUUUUUUAGAUGACAAUAAAUUUUUAUUUUUUUGCUAAGAAAAAAGAAA